AUGGUGGCGGGCGGAACACACCACCUGGGCGGCGGGGGUGGAAUCCACCUGGGUUCCCUAGGGGAUGGGGGCUCGGAGGCCGAUAAGGACUCCCCGUGCCGCAACCAGACGGGGUAUGUGGGGGUUCGCAUGCGGAAGUGGGGCAUGUUUGCCGCUGAGAUUCGUGACGGCGACAAGCGCCGUUGGCUGGGUUCCUUUGGUACGGCACAUGAGGCAGGACUGGCGUACGACGCGGCCGCCAUCGUACAGAAAGGCACCAAGGCCAAGACGAAUUUUUCGUACCUGGAUUACGAGACAAACCCACGAGUGGUGAGUAGUCUUGGUAGAGCUAAAACCUUGCUUGGUUCGUCAUUCGUCGUAUCUGGGUUUUGGACUUUGGGUUUGAUUUUGCAUCCAGUCAUAGCUGUCCAGACAGAAGGAUAA